AUGGCGAACAAACUAGCAAUCUCCAGCAUCUCCAUCAGCCAAUACCCAGGCCAUCUACUAGAUGAAAAGAUCCGCGCCGCAGCCCAAGGCGGUUUCGCCGGCAUCGAAAUAGUCUACAAUGACCUCGAAACCUACGGCAAAGCACAAAACAUCCCAAUCCACACAGCAGCCCAACAAAUCCUCAAUCUAUGCCAAUCCCUCAACUUCCAAGUCCUAUCUCUAGCCCCCUUCGAAAACUACGAAGGCGCCUCAACCCCUCUAGACCAAAGACUCGCCCUCGCAAAGCACUGGAUAGAAAUCGCCCGCCUCCUAAAGGCACCCUACCUCCAAGUCCCCUCAAUAUUCACCCACGACUGCAGCCGCGAUGAGAAAGUCAUCAUAUCCGACCUCCAACGCCUCGCCGAGCUAGGCGCCCCAGCCCCCACAGUCUCAAUCGCCUACGAGGCUCUCUCCUGGGGUACGAACUGCUCGACCUGGGAAAGCGCGCUCGAUCUCGUGAAUCGGGUCAACAGACCGAAUUUCGGCCUUUGUAUGGAUACGUUCCAUGAAGGCACGAGGGUGUGGGGUGAUAAUGCAUCUGCGAGCGGGAAGCAGAUGGAUGCGGAUGCGAGACUGCGGGAUUCGCUUGCGCGGUUCGUGCGCGAUUGUCCUGUUGAGAAGAUAUUUUAUGUGCAGCUUUCUGAUGCGGAGAGGUUCGAUCCACCGUAUUCGGUUACGCAUCCUUGGGCUAUACCUGGAGAGGCGAAGGAGUUUACGUGGUCAAAGCAUGCGAGGCCUUUUCCUUUGGAGAGGGAGCUUGGGGGGUAUUUGCCUGUGGCGCAGAUUGCUAGGGCUUGGAUUGUGGAGAUGGGGUUCACUGGGUGGGUUUCGAUGGAGGUUUUUGAUCGCGCUAUGAGGGAUGGGAGUGUUAGUCCUGAGGUUGCGGCGAGGAGGGGAGUUGAGUCUUGGAGGAAGGUCAAGAGUGAGAUGGGCGAUCGGUCGAGGCUUUGA